AUGCGCUUCAGUCGCUUCUCUUCGCACAACUGGACAACCUUCCGCGGUCAGCCCCUGACCGAGAUUUCGGGAGCUCUCGGUGAUCUCGGCACCUUUCUGCCCAUCCUCAUCGCCCUGGCAGUCAAUGACUCCAUUUCGCUCCCCGCCACCCUCGUUUUCUCCGGCUUGUACAACAUCUUCACUGGCUGGUUCUUCGGUAUCCCGCUACCCGUUCAACCCAUGAAAGCCAUUGCUGCCGUCGCCAUCGCUCGAGACUUUGAUGGCGACCAGAUCGCGGCCGCGGGCAUCUUCGCCGGCGUGGUGAUAUUUGUCUUUACCGCCACCGGCGCUUUGAGAUGGUUUGCGAACGCGGUGCCGAUCCCUGUGGUAAAGGGCAUCCAGGUUGGUGCCGGGCUGUCGUUGGUGAUUUCUGCCGGCGCCAAGCUGAAGGGUAAGAUGGGAUGGAUUGAACCGCGGUGGGCAGACAAUUACCUGUGGGUGAUUGCCGCCCUUGUAGGGUUGCUGGUCACGAAUAUCUACCGUCGUGUGCCGUAUGGGCUGAUCCUGUUUCUGCUGGGAUUGGUAUUUGCAUUUGUUUCCUUGGCUACUUCGGGACAUGGGGAUUUGCCUCACUUUAGCAUUUGGAUACCCAGGGCUGUGCAGCCCACAACGGACGAUUGGAAAGUUGGGAUCAUCCAGGCGGGCAUCGGUCAGAUUCCGCUUACUACGCUGAAUUCUAUCAUUGCCGUGGUGCACCUCGCAGGAGAUCUGCUCCCUGAUGUUCGCACUCCAUCUAUCACGUCGAUUGGCUUCAGCGUGGCUAUGAUGAAUCUCGUGGGAACAUGUGUGGGAUGCAUGCCCGUCUGUCACGGGUCGGGAGGCCUGGCGGCACAGUACCGCUUCGGUGCUCGUUCAGGGGCAAGCAUCAUAUUUCUUGGGGCUGUGAAGCUCAUCGUUGGCAUCUUCCUCGGAGAUACCCUUCUCGAUCUAUUGUAUUCAUUCCCGACAGCAUUUCUGGCGGUGAUGGUGAUCGCCGCAGGUUUAGAACUUGCGAGCGUUGGGGAGAGUCUCAACACUACGCGUGCAUGGGACCUAGGAAACAAUGACCGUUCAAGCUCUUUACCGACUCUGGGACUAGCUGAGGUCAAACUCACUGACGAAGAGAGGAAGCGGAGAUGGACAGUGAUGAUCGUAACGGUUGGAUUGUUGGUUGCAUUUAAGAAUGCUGGAAUUGGCUUCGUCGCUGGGAUGCUGUGUCAUUGGACCUUUGGCUUGCCAUCAUUGAUAGAGAGGAUAAGAAGUCGCUGGUCUGAGGGAAGAAUCAGACUAGCCUCCGGUCGAGGUCAAGAUUAG